AUGUCUUGGAAUCCUUACGAGUCCAUCCAGAACGUUUAUUACAAUUUCUACGUGAUACUGCCUUCUAUUAUUUCCUCUAUGGCGAUGGACCAACAUCAAGAAUACACGUCAUACAAGAACAUCCUGGAAAUUCGGAAGAACGAUGUCUCGCCCUUCAACUUCAGCGGAGCAGACGACAUCCUGCGCGAGUUCGAGACCAACCUGUAUUCGUCCCUCAACUACCGCUCACUGAUUCUGCUGUCGCUCUACGCCCCGGUGUUCGUCGUGGCGUUGCUAGGCAACAUACUUAUCAUCUGCGCCGUGGCAGGGGAGAAGACUCUGAGGAAAGCAAGAAACUACUUCUUAAUCAACCUAGCAGCCUGUGACCUCUGCGUGACCUUGGUUUGCAUGCCCAUAGCUGUGGGAACCAUCACUUAUAAGCUGUGGAUCUAUGGCGAUUUUCUAUGCAAGACGACUUCGUUCUUGCAAGGUAUUGCCGUGUCCACUGGAAUCUUUACUCUGACAGCCAUGAGCAUCGACCGAUUUCUUGCCAUCCAGCGUCCGGUGACGAAUCACAAAAUCACGACACCCGGCCAAGCGCUCGUAAUCAUCAUUGUCACGUGGGUCGUGUCCGCCAUCUUCAUGGGGCCUUUCUUCUACAUCAAGAAACUGGACACCUUGCAGUUCACGUCGCUCCAGCCCGUGGACUUCUGCAUCGAGGACUGGCCGCGCGACUACGACCGAAAGGCGUUCGGUGUAUUCCUACUCUUUGCGAACUACAUCAUACCUGCCAUUACGCUGACGGCGUGCUACGCGCACAUCGGCAAAAAGCUGUGGUCAAACGACAUCUACCGACAGUCGUCCGACAGCAGUACGACGCGCUUGUGCUCCCGGAAGAAGGCAGCGCGCAUGCUCAUCAUUCUGGUGAUCAUAUUCAUGGUGUGUUGGCUUCCCUACCAGAUUACCUCCCUUUGUAUUGACCUUGAAGAAGACAGCGAGCCCGUGGCUCUGCUUCCGUUCGCCAUUUGGUUGGGACAUGCGCACAGUGCCAUAAAUCCCGUGAUGCUGUGGGUCCUGAACCGGCAGUUUCGUCAGAAAAUCAGGGCGAUGCUUCGAAAACUGCGCAGACGGAAUGACUACUUUGACCACCCUGACCCUCGCUAUGUGUGAGGAUUAUACAUUGAUUUUCCCAGCAUUCACACUGAGACAUGAUUAAGGCUUAGAGACUCAAGAAUAUUAGGUUUCA